AUGAACACUUCACCUGUGCAAUGCGACACUCAACCACUUCUUCCUUCAAACACUGAGGUGAAUCCGGUCCCCGAAACAAGCACUUCUGCUUCAGGGGCUGCGAUUGGGAAAAGAAAAGAAAGGGAUGAAGGUGAGCAUGGCACAAGGUCAGAUUAUGAAUGGAUAGCCGACACUAAUGUUACGAUAUGGAAAGGAGAAGAGAGUGUAUUGGAACACACAUCCGACGCGACGCCAUCUUCGUCCUCUACAAACCCUAAUGUUGAAGAUUCCGACACGUCUGUUGUUAAAUGCGAAGUGCACAUUCCCAAGAAACCUCGUCUCGAUGCUGCAGCAGUUUCGGCUCAGACCGCACAGCUUUUUGAACCCGGUGGCUCCCUGGCUAGCAAGACCGAUCCUUCUUCGUCUUUGGAAUCUAAACCAUGUGGCAUUUUAUCAUUGCCAUUGGAACUCCUGGCCGAAAUCAUGAUACUGACAGGAUCGCCUCAACACGUCCUUGCUACAGCAAGAACCUCCAAAACUUUAUGCGACACACUGUUGAGUCCUGACGCCGAGUUCAUCUGGCGCGAAGCUAGAAAAGGCUCUGGAUGUGUAUUUGAAGUUCAAAACUCUAUGUUUGUACAUCUCGGUAAAGAGACUUUUUCGCUACCUGAACCUCCAAAGCAAUUUUUUGGAGAGCCUGCAUAUGCUGCCUUUGUAUUUGAUUCUGGCAACUGCGAAGCAUGCGGUAAUGAAACUGCAAUGUUGUAUCAAUCAUUUGCCCUCAGAUUUCGACUGUGCAAGAAGCAAUCUUGCCUAUCCAGCAGAUCUCUAAAACCAGUGCGGCGUGGUGACAACAAUAUUGUUGAUCCCGCAACUGCGAUUAUACCAACAAACGAAGCUUCGUCUCUGGAUGAUAAAGUUUCCUAUAAUUCUGGUUCUAUCUGGCCUAAUACAACUAGAUCAUACUGCCGUCCAGCAGCAUGGGAGGAAGCUGUCAGAUUCCACUCUACGUAUUCAUCCAGAGACAAUUACAACGAGAUGUACAGGCGACGCCAAGAACGUAACUUGGAGUGGAUGAAGCUUUGUGUUCAGUUGUAUAAUUGGAAUAGAGCGAGAACUUUGAUCUUCAAGCGAAACGUAGAAUCUAAUGAAAAUACGACCAAGAUCUUAGCGUCCAAGUAUGGUUGGGAACGAGGAGAGCUUCUUAAUACGGACUUUGGACACUACUUAAGAUACAAAAACAAGGUUAUCGAGAGGAUCAAUGAAAUUGACGUUAGAGUCCUGCGGGAUAAUAUUGAAUCCAGGCUUCUUGCUCUGACCGAAAAACGCGAUCGGAGAAACGGAGAAGUGGCCUUGAUGAAUGGCAGGAAAGAUGUAGAAAAAGCGUAUCAGCACCUUCGAUCAAGCAAGGAGUAUCCCUAUCUUCCGUCUCUCGCGACGUUCCGUAAACUUCCCGUGGUAGCUAUGCUACAGUCUGCUGAAACCCCAUCAUCGACCGGGACCGUUUUCGAUUCAUUGACCAAGGAUAAGACGGUUAAAGAUCUUCUCAUCAGUCAGCUGAAAAAGUGGGUCGACAGCGCCAAGAGCGACUUCGGUGUUAUCCUCGGUUUCCCCAAGAAUUGGAAGACCGCUAGCAAGAAUAUUUUACACCCUGUGGAGAGGGUAACAGCUCGUUUUUUGUGCACGCGAUGCCCGAGGCUAGACACUAAAUAUCGGCCCGAUGAAAGUCUUGAUUUUGCGGGGGCAUGUCUGCACGAAUGUUUCGUCGGAAAUGCAAAGCAUGCUAGAUUGAGGACAGGUAAAAAAUCUGUUUGGGAUUCGAAGAAUUUUGUUAAGGAUGACAAGGCUAUCAAUGUUUUGAAGAAAGCUGUCAGCGCUCUUGGUUUUGCUGAAGACCGGGACGGAGGCAACUACCUCCUCCAAGUUGGCUUCGCUCUUGUAUGUACAUCCUGCGACCCUUCCAUGGUCUUAGAUUCGCGCAGCAUCAUUGGACAUAGUCACCGACACGAAGAUAUGCAGUGUUCAUUCACUACUCCCCUGGACGAUAUUGUCGGCUACAUGGGCGGUUUCCCUUACGAAUACGGACUAGUAAAGAAGCUCCUUGUCCCCACAACACCACCACCCAUAAUCAAACAAGAGAUCGAUAAGAAGAAUUAUGGCUGCAGGCACUGUCUUAGGGACAAACAAGUCAAGGCUGCUGCUCUGGCUGCUGCCGCUUCUACUAAUGACGAUGCUACCGCAAACGGUGCCGCUCCAGGUAUACCAGCUGCAGCAAUACAUCCUACUUCCGCGAGCGCCAAUUUAGCGGCCAUGCGUGGCCCUCAAAUCCAGCUUUCUGCCUUGGUAUAUCGCCCGCAUGAUCUCGGAGUUGAAGGUCCACACGACAAACCCCCUCCUUUGACUAAUUUCAACGGAAUGAGGUCUCACUUAAAAUCGAAGGAGGAAAACAGAUUUGGUACGCCACCUCGUCGACUGUUAAAAGAGACGUUUGCCGACUGCCUCGCCUUGUCAGAAAACUUCGUUGUUUCCCCCCCAACUAUUCCAGUAAACCGUAUUGCCAACCUCACCAUGGUGGCGUACCACACAUUCAUUUUUGCUCUUGGAGCUUUCCUCUCAUUACCUCAAGACGUGUGUGCCAACUAUGUUCAGAAGCAAGGUCUUGUUGCACCUCCCCAAGCAUCUCAGUACAAAGAUGCUGUCAAGGCGAUGUUCACGGAUAGUUAUUCCGUUUACAAACAAUAUGCUUGGGGUCAUGACGAUGUGUCCCCAAUCAGUAAAAGUUUUCGUGACGGUCGUAAUGGAUGGGGUGCUUCUAUUGUUGAUGCGAUGACCACGAUGAAAAUAAUGGAUCUUGAUGACCUCUUCCUUGAAGCAGUGGAAUUUGCAUCGAAUAUCGACUUCAGCGAAUCGAACACGGAGGAUACUGUCAGUGUGUUCGAAUCCACCAUUCGGUACAUAGGAGGACUUCUAAGUUCUUAUGAACUCAGUGGAAAACAGUACCCAGCUCUUGUGAAUAAAGCGAAGCAGUUAGCGGAUAAGUUAUCCUUCGCUUGGGUUGGGACAAAUGACAUUCCUUUCGGUCACAUUGAUUUUAGCAACGAUACUCCCCAAAACGAAGUUACCAACAUCGCAGAAGCUGGAACUCUAACCCUUGAAUGGGCGGUUCUUAGCAAAUAUGUCGGGGAUGACAAGUACAGGAAACUUGCUGAGAAGUCGGCCCGACACAUUGUUCAAGGGCCUGCCCCUCUCCCGGGGCUUCCUGGCCAAGGAGUUGAUCCAGCUUCCGGCCUGCCUGUUGGAAAAUAUGUUACAUGGGGAGGGGGCUCUGACAGUUAUUUCGAAUAUCUUAUCAAAUAUCCUCGUCUUAAUAAUACCCUCGAUGCUCUUUUUGUGGAUUCCUGGAGAACGGCGGUCGAUUCAUCAAUUCAUACUCUACUCAAACGCUCGACAGUGGGCAACUAUACCUAUUUGGCUGACUACGAUGAUAAUGGAAACAUCGUUCAUAUAAGCUCACAUCUGGCUUGCUUCCAUGGUGGAAAUUGGUUACUUGGUGGUCGACUUCUCAAAAAUCAGACAUUGGUUGACAUAGGCCUCGAUCUUGUUGACGCUUGUUGGAACACUUAUACCUCCACUUCCACUGGAAUUGGUCCUGAGGUCUUCGCAUUCCGGUCGGCUGACGGUGGAUAUACCGGGGGCAACCCAAUGACACUGUCGCAGUCCACUUUCUAUCAAGAACACGGAUUUUAUACCACCGUAGCUGACUACGUACUCCGGCCCGAGGUUUUGGAGUCUAACUUUUACGCAUGGAGAGUAACGGGCGAUAGCAAAUACGUCGACCGAGCCAUCGCUGCCGUGCAGAGCUUCCAAAAAUAUCUCAAAGUACCAGGAAACGGAGUUACUGGGUACGCCGGUCUUAUGGAUGUUAAUGACAGCAGUUCAGACAGGGUUGACGACACGGAGAGCUUCUGGUUUGCAGAGGUUCUUAAGUAUCUGUACUUGACACUCGACGAUCCAUCGAAAAUUAGUUUGGAUAAAUAUGUCUUCAAUACAGAGGCGCAUCCAUUCGAGGUACCUGCUGCCGCUGACACUUAUGGUUCUGGUGGGUAUGUUCCUCACAACCCCCCUACCCAAACUGCCCCGGGUACUUUACCGCUUGUUAGCUCUCUCCCUGCGAUACCGAAAUUAACAGAUUACGGCCUGCUGAACGCUGUGGCAAAUGGAAUAGCGGCUAUUCUGUAG